AUGGGGCCACCCAGCGAGGAUGCAAAUGCAAAACGAUGCAGGAGGGCUGAAAAUACCGAGGGAAAUGAAAGUGGAACGGUUAAAACAAGGGAAGAAACAAAGAAGGGAUGCACUUCUGUUGCAGAGGAAUGGGAUCAGAAGCAAGCCAAGCCUGUUCCCAAGCCUCCAGAGCCCCCAAAAGACUACAUUCAUGUUCGUAGGGAAAAGAUUAGCGAAAGAAUGAAACUUCUGCAAGAUUUAGUACUAGGUUGCAAUAAGGUCACCGGGAAACUACCUACCGCUACCAUCAUCGUCACUGUUGCAACCACCACUCAACAGAAAACACAGAGAGAAAGGGAGACUGUGGAUGUACAAGAUUGA